AUUCUCUCAAUAUGGGAAGCAGUGAAAGUGUACCGAUUCCGGGAGGAGGAACCGAAGGAUAUCAUGUUCUUCGGGUACAAGAAAACUCACCUGGAGCUGUCGCAGGCCUGGAACCGUUUUUCGAUUUCAUUGUUUCCAUUGGAAAUAUCCGAUUGGACAAGGAUAACGAUACAAUGAAAGAAGUUCUAAAGCAACAUAUAGAGAAACCUCUAGAAAUUACUGUUUAUAACAGUAAAUCGCAGGCAGUGCGUCAAACAAGUAUUGUGCCAUCUCAAAAUUGGGGCGGUCAAGGUCUUCUCGGAGUUUCAAUUCGUUUCUGCUCAUUUGACGGAGCGAGUCAACACGUGUGGCAUAUUAUCUCAGUACAGCCCAAUUCGCCUGCCUCUCUCGCUGGAUUAAUUGCCGACACUGACUACAUCCUCGGAGCUGAAAGCGUUCUUCAUCAAGCAGAUGAUUUGAUUGCACUUGUUCAAGCGAACGAAGGAAAACCUUUGAAAUUAUAUGUCUACAAUGUAGAUACUGAUGUUGUUAGAGAGGUUUCAUUGACUCCUAAUUCCGCUUGGGGAGGUGAAGGAUGUCUUGGAUGUGACAUCGGUUAUGGAUAUCUUCAUCGCAUUCCUGUUUCAGUUGAUCGUUCUAAAGCUGUUUCACAAGUUUCAGUCGCCCAAAUACAACCAAGAGUUCCUGUUGGAAACCCGCUUGUCGAUAAGGUCAAUAAACCACCGGCAGCCACCAACUUCCCAGAUCCAUCCCAAUUCUCUUCAACUGUUCCUCUUCCACCUGCUCCUUCAUCGCUGAUCCAGAACCUUCCACCUCCACCACAGCCAGCUUUCCUUCCACAACCUCCAACAUCGUACGCUCCUCCAGUUGCUGCCACUCAACAGCAGCCACCAGUUUCGGAGUCAAAUGGACACGGGCACUCACAUGCUGAUGGCGGGCAUGGGCAUUCUCAUGACGAUGGAGGACACGGACAUUCCCAUGAUGGUGGACAUGGCCAUUCUCACGAGCAUUCUCCGUCUCCUGCUCCUGCUCCAGUGUCUUCACCAACACCCGUUCAACAAUACCAACAAUCAUAUUCUCAAGCUCAGCCACCUGUUGAUUACUACCAACAACAACAACAGCAACAAGCUUACCAGCCACCAGUAAAUCCACCAACAAGUUAUCAAGCAUAUCAACCGCCAGUUCCAACUUCAUAUUACCCUCCAGCUGCCUCUACUGCUUCAAAUUCUUCUGGAUACCAAGCUCCAUAUUAUUCUCCACCGUCGUAUCCUACGCAGCAGCAAUCAUCCUAUGUUCCAUCAGCAGUACCACCGAUGUUUUCUGCAACUUCAGCACCAACUCCACCAACUUCAUACGUAAACCCAAUUCCACCACCAGCUCCUCUCAACUUUCCGAUGCCAUCAUUAAGCUCAAUUGGAAUCACACAACUUGCUACUCCACCAGUUCCCGGUGCAACAUCCUAUCAACCACCGUCGUUCCCACCACAGCAACAACAGCAGUAUGGAGCAUAUCCACCUGCUCCACCACAGUAGAGCUAAACUCAAAGUCGUACAAAAAGGGCCCUUACAGUGCUGGUACUUUUCCCCAAUUAGCGUUACAAUUUCUUGUUUAAUUUAUUGAAUGGUUUUUAAAAAUGAUUAAUGAUGAGAUUUUUAUUUCAAUGUGUCCUUCCUUUUCCUUUGGGGGGAAAAUGCUUUCUUCUUGUCGUCUUCAAAAAAUGUGAGUAAUGUAUUAAAGACAUAUUUGAUUUUAAAUGGGAUGAUCGCUUUUGAAAAUCAAGUCAAUAUUUAUUUAUUUGUUUUCUUUUCUUUUCGAAAAAUAAAGUUCAUUUAAA